AUGGCCGAAAUGACAUUUCGUCCAGAUCUCCGAGAUAGACCUGAAGCUUACCUUGGAGAUGUUUAUCAAGAAUGUUUUACAGAAACUCGACGAGCCUACCUAAACAUUGGAAGUCCUCCAACAUCAUACGAGGAUGUUAUUCUUGAAAUAAUGAUGCUGGAGCAGAUAGAAUCUGCGGAUGGAGGAGACGGAGGGGAAGAAAUGGAAGAAUAA